GUGUAGCCAACUGCCAACUUCAAGUGUCAACUGCCAAGAGAGAAUACCAACGCGGGCGGCGGGAGUGGAUUAGUGGAAGGGGGGGAGGGCGGCUUCGGUUUUGUACAUAUCAAGUAUCAACUUCCCUCAACAGAAUGUAUAUGUGAUAAAAAUCUCCUGAACACACUCGGUUCUCUGACCGGUAUCGUUGCAAAAAUAUAUAUAUAUAUAUAUUAAAUAUAUAUACAUAUAUUCAUAUACACCUACAUUUCACAAUUUACACCGACUAUACCUGAUACCUUUUAAAAAUAUCAUCCUACAGACAUUAUGUGCACGAAGACUGAUACUGAAGUCCGAAGUGAAACAACCAUUCUUAGACGUUUAAGUAAAAUUCAGGUUGUAUCUGACGUAUAUGAGAUCGCCGCAAACUUUUGCCAACAUGCCAAAGAGCAAAAUCAUUACUUUGCCGUAGCCGCCGAAAAUACCGAGAAAGUAUACUGUAAAGUAUGUGGCAUAGCAUCACCCUAUCUCAGCAAUGAGCACAUAGCUAAUGUAGACCAGAUCCUGGUGUCCAAUUUUGACCAGAUCGUGGAGAAGUAUCCUCAGAUCACCACCACACCACUUGCAGACAUCGUAUCCACGGUACAGGUUGCCAUAGCAAACACGAAGCAAAUGGUGAGCGAACGAAUCAUGGGACCAACAGUAAACUCUAUCGAGGCUAUGCCUACCACGGCUGAAGGUGUUGAAGAGGCUGUCAAUCAGGCUUCUGCCAACACAGCUGAGGUAGAAAAUACAGCUGCCGAGACUACCACAGAGAGUGUUAUUGAGCCCAAGUCAGAAACGAACGAGGGGGAUACAGAGAAGGCUAUCACAGUGGAGGCUGAUGAACUCAAGUCGGAAACUAUCGAAGAUGACUCGGAGAUUGCCACUGAGGAAGAGGUCAAAACUGUGCCCAUGAAGGAUGACAGUUCGUCGACGCCAUCGCCUACUCUCACGCCCGAGAAGCGCUCCCGAAGCAAUUCAUCAGUCAGUCGCCACUCCCUUAAACAGAGAGCCAACUCGUUGAUUCUUAACAUACCCCGCCACGGAGUUGCUAUCUAAGUUUAUUAAUAGAUUUUAACAUUCAGAUUUACUAAUUUUAUUUGUAAGCGGAAUGGACGAUACACGGAUACGAGAUGUGCAGGGGCCACGAGAGUGGGAUUAAUUGCCCAACGGGCAGAGAUAGCAGAAUACAAGCGUUUGGUGUAUGCAGUACAAGCGAUCGGACAGGGAGUCUACAGCACACAUUGACGCCUAGUUAUAUGUAAGUCGUAUGCGUAUAUAUGAGCCAGCUGUGUCUACGGGCGCCAAGAUAGUUUAUCGUGCGAAGGGGUCGUACUUUUAGUAAAUCAAUAUAAUAAAAUAGUCGAGAUGUUUUGUAUGUUG